CGCACUUCACAAGAAGAGCCGGGAGGUGUAGUGUGUUACAACACGCAGCACGUGCACUAAACUGGGAACGGUCCUGACGAUUAUCAACAGCCCCUAGUGCAGAUCAACUAACGCUACCCUUCUUACUGAUGAUGACUCCAUCUGUGGUCUUUGUCUUGCUGGCUGUUCUAGAACAGACCAGUGCCACAUUUGAUUCUAAUAUUGCUAGAGGUGGAAAGGUGAUUCAGUCCUCCCUGUAUGAGAAUGCCGUCCCUGAAAGGGCCAUUGAUGGAAAUCGUGCUAGCAACUGGGUACAGCGAUCCUGUGCCCACACUAAGUAUGAUUUAAAACCAUGGUGGAGACUGGACCUCCUGAAGACAUAUCAGAUCGACACUGUCACCAUCACCAACAGAGGAGAUUGUUGCCCCGAGAGAAUCAAUGGUGCUGAGAUCCGCAUUGGAAAUUCCCUCAAUGACAAUGGCAACGGUAACCCCAGAUGUGCUGUUAUCUCGUCUAUGGCAGCUGGGACCUCCCAAACCUUUGUGUGUAAUGGAAUGGAAGGUCGUUAUGUCAAUAUUGUGAUUCCUGGAAGACAAGAAUACCUGACACUGUGCGAGGUGGAAGUCACUGGUCAGGCUUCAGGAAACACUGCUCCAACUGAUUCUAAUAUCGCUAGAGGUGGAAACGUGAUUCAGUCCUCCCUGUAUGAGGCUGGCGUCCCUGAAAGGGCCAUUGAUGGAAAUCGUGCUAGCAACUGGGUACAGCGAUCCUGUGCCCACACUAAGUAUGAUUUAAAACCAUGGUGGAGACUGGAACUCCUGAAGACAUAUCAGAUCAACACUGUCACCAUCACCAACAGAGGAGAUUGUUGCCACGAGAGAAUCAAUGGUGCUGAGAUCCGCAUUGGAAAUUCCCUCAAUGACAAUGGCAACGAUAACCCCAGAUGUGCUGUUAUCUCGUCUAUCAAAGCUGGGACCUCCCAAACCUUUGUGUGUAAUGGAAUGGAAGGUCGUUAUGUCAACAUUGUGAUUCCUGGAAGACAAGAAUACCUGACACUGUGUGAGGUGGAAGUCACUGGUCAGGUUUUAGAUACUAAUGUUGCUAGAGGUGGAAACGUGAUUCAGUCCUCCCUGUAUGGGAAUGAAGUCCCUGAAAGGGCCAUUGAUGGAAAUCGUGCUAGCAACCUGGCACAGGAAUCCUGUACCCACACUAAGAAAGAUUUAAAACCAUGGUGGAGACUGGACCUCCUGAAGACAUAUCAGAUCAACACUGUCACCAUCACCAACAGAGGAGAUUGUUGCGCCGGGAGAAUCAAUGGUGCUGAGAUCCGCAUAGGAAAUUCCCUCAGUGACAAUGGCAAUGAUAACCCCAGAUGUGCUGUCAUUUCGUCUAUCAAAGCUGGGACCUCCCAAACCUUUGUGUGUAAUGGAAUGGAAGGUCGUUAUCUCAACAUUGUGAUUCCUGGAAGACGAGAAUACCUGACACUGUGUGAGGUGGAAGUCACUGGUCAGGCUUUAGAUACUAAUAUUGCUAGACGUGGAAACGUGAUUCAGUCCUCCCUGUAUGAGGAUGCCAUCCCUGAAAGGGCCAUUGAUGGAAAUCGUGCUAGCAACUGGGUACAGAGAUCCUGUGCCCACACUAAGUAUGAUUUAAAACCAUGGUGGAGACUGGACCUCCUGAAGACAUAUCAGAUCAACACUGUCACCAUCACCAACAGAGGAGAUUGUUGCCACGAGAGAAUCAAUGGUGCUGAGAUCCACAUUGGAAAUUCCCUCAAUGACAAUGGCAACGGUAACCCCAGAUGUGCUGUUAUCUCGUCUAUGGCAGCUGGGACCUCCCAAACCUUUGUGUGUAAUGGAAUGGAAGGUCGUUAUGUCAACAUUGUGAUUCCUGGAAGACGAGAAUACCUGACACUGUGCGAGGUGGAAGUCACUGGUCAGCCUUCAGGAAUCACUGCUCCAACUGAUAUUAAUAUUGCUAGAGGUGGAAACGUGACUCAGUCCUCCCUGUAUGAGAAAGAGGUCCCUGAAAGGGCCAUAGAUGGGAAUUGUGCUAGCAACUUGAGAGAGGGAUCCUGUACCCACACUAAAUAUGAUUUAAAACCAUGGUGGAGACUGGACCUCCUGAAGACAUAUCAGAUCAACACUGUCACCAUCACCAACAGAGGAGAUUGUUGCCACGAGAGAAUCAAUGGUGCUGAGAUCCGCAUUGGAAAUUCCCUUAAUGACAAUGGCAACGAUAACCCCAGAUGUGCUGUUAUCUCGUCUAUGGCAGCUGGGUCUUCCCAAACCUUUGUGUGUAAUGGAAUGGAAGGUCGUUAUGUCAACAUUGUGAUUCCUGGAAGACAAGAAUACCUGACACUCUGUGAGGUGGAAGUCACUGGUCAGCCUUCAGGAAUCACUGCUCCAAUUGAUCCUAAUAUUGCUAGAGGUGGAAACGUGACUCAGUCCUCCCUGUAUGAGAAAGAGGUCCCUGAAAGGGCCAUAGAUGGGAAUCGUGCUAGCAACUUGAGAGAGGGAUCCUGUACCCACACUGACUAUGAUUUAAAACCAUGGUGGAGACUGGACCUCCUGAAGACAUAUCAGAUCAACAAUGUCACCAUCACCAACAGAGGAGAUUGUUGCGCCUGGAGAAUUAAUGGUGCUGAGAUCCGCAUUGGAAAUUCCCUCAAUGACAAUGGCAACGAUAACCCCAGAUGUGCUGUUAUCUCGUCUAUGGCAGCUGGGACCUCCCAAACCUUUGUGUGUAAUGGAAUGGAAGGUCGUUAUGUCAACAUUGUGAUCCCUGGAAGACAAGAAUACCUGACACUGUGUGAGGUGGAAGUCACUGGUCAGCCUUCAGGAAUCACUGCUCCAACUGAUCCUAAUAUUGCUAGAGGUGGAAACGUGACUCAGUCCUCCCUGUAUGAGAAAGAGGUCCCUGAAAGGGCCAUAGAUGGGAAUCGUGCUAGCAACUUGAGAGAGGGAUCCUGUACCCACACUGACUAUGAUUUAAAACCAUGGUGGAGACUGGACCUCCUGAAGACAUAUCAGAUCAACAAUGUCACCAUCACCAACAGAGGAGAUUGUUGCGCCUGGAGAAUUAAUGGUGCUGAGAUCCGCAUUGGAAAUUCCCUCAAUGACAAUGGCAACGAUAACCCCAGAUGUGCUGUUAUCUCGUCUAUGGCAGCUGGGACCUCCCAAACCUUUGUGUGUAAUGGAAUGGAAGGUCGUUAUGUCAACAUUGUGAUCCCUGGAAGACAAGAAUACCUGACACUGUGUGAGGUGGAAGUCACUGGUCAGCCUUCAGGAAUCACUGCUCCAACUGAUCCUAAUAUUGCUAGAGGUGGAAAUGUGACUCAGUCCUCCCUGUAUGAGAAAGAGGUCCCUGAAAGGGCCAUAGAUGGGAAUCGUGCUAGCAACUUGAGAGAGGGAUCCUGUACCCACACUAAAUAUGAUUUCAAACCAUGGUGGAGACUGGACCUCCUGAAGACAUAUCAGAUCAACACUGUCACCAUCACCAACAGAGGAGAUUGUUGUGCCUGGAGAAUCAAUGGUGCUGAGAUCCGCAUUGGAAAUUCCCUCAAUGACAAUGGCAACGGUAACCCCAGAUGUGCUGUUAUCUCGUCUAUGGCAGCUGGGACCUCCCAAACCUUUGUGUGUAAUGGAAUGGAAGGUCGUUAUGUCAACAUUCUGAUUCCUGGAAGACGAGAAUACCUGACACUGUGCGAGGUGGAAGUCACUGGUCAGCCUUCAGGAAUCACUGCUCCAACUGAUAUUAAUAUUGCUAGAGGUGGAAACGUGACUCAGUCCUCCCUGUAUGAGAAAGAGGUCCCUGAAAGGGCCAUAGAUGGGAAUCGUGCUAGCAACUUGAGAGAGAGAUCCUGUACCCACACUAAAUAUGAUUUAAAACCAUGGUGGAGACUGGACCUCCUGAAGACAUAUCAGAUCAACACUGUCACCAUCACCAACAGAGGAGAUUGUUGUGCCUGGAGAAUUAAUGGUGCUGAGAUCCGCAUUGGAAACUCCCUCAAUGACAAUGGCAACGGUAACCCCAGAUGUGCUGUUAUCUCGUCUAUGGCAGCUGGGACCUCCCAAACCUUUGAGUGUAAUGGAAUGGAAGGUCGUUUUGUCAACAUUCUGAUUCCAGGAAGACGAGAAUACCUGACACUGUGUGAGGUGGAAGUCACUGGGACAGUAUCAUAGGCAACUGAUUCUAAAAUAAUUUCUUCAUGUUCACUUAAUUUUAACGCUAGUCUAUGCAAGUUUGCGUAUUUGGUGUGGUUUUGCUUCGCACACAGAGCAUAUUUUAAGUAAAACACUUGGUAUUACAUAUCAUAAGGUCAGGGCAAUCGUAUGCUGAAGCUUUUUGUAAAACUAAUACAGAUGGUUGUUUUAUACAUUAUUUAACAUAAAAAAAAGAAAUGAUAUUAAGUGCUCUGUCUGCAUUGUAUUUGUUGUAAUUUUUCUUGGGCUUGUUUCUAUCUACUGUACUUAAAUAAAAUUGAAAAAUAAACACUUUUAAAGCUAA